AUGGCAGUCAUACCGGAAAACGUGAAAGGAGCCGUGGACACGGAUCCCUGGUUGGAGCCCUUCGCAGAGGUUCUUUCAGAACGGCGCUAUUUGGCCGAUAGAUGGUCGUAUGACAUCAAACACAGCACUUCAGACAAUUCGGCGCAGUCGCUGGCGACUUUUGCGCGGAAAUCGUACCAGGCGUACGGCUUGCAUGCAGAUCCCGAGACCAAGCAGAUAAGGUAUCGUGAGUGGGCUCCUAACGCUGUCAGGGCGUUUCUGGUGGGCGAAUUUAAUAACUGGUCUACAGAAUCUCACGAACUUAAGAGCAAAGACGCGUAUGGGGUUUUCUCGAUCACAAUUCCACCUCUGGAGUCUGGUGACUUCGCCAUCGCACACGACUCCAAACUGAAGAUACUGCUGGUCUUGCCAGAUGGCUCCCACAUUUACCGUUUACCAGCCUGGAUCACAAGAGCCACGCAGCCAGACAAGGAGACGGCGCGGCAAUUUGGGCCCAGUUAUGAGGCUCGUUUCUGGAACCCGUCCGUGCAAUACCAGUUCAAAAAUAAGAGACCUGCGUUCGAGCGGAAAACUGACUCGCUAAGGAUCUACGAAGCUCACGUAGGAAUCUCUUCUCCUGAGCCAAAGGUCGCCACCUACAAAGAGUUCACCCACACGGUUUUACCUAGAAUUCGAGAUCUCGGCUACGACGCCAUUCAGUUAAUGGCUAUAAUGGAACACGCAUACUACGCUUCAUUUGGAUAUCAGGUCACGAACUUCUUCGCCGUCAGUUCCAGAUACGGUACUCCUGAGGAUCUCAAGGAACUCAUCGAUGUGGCUCACGGGAUGGGCCUGCUUGUGCUAUUAGAUGUGGUCCACAGUCACGCUUCCAAAAAUGUCGACGACGGGUUGAACAAGUUUGAUGGAUCCGAUCAUCAAUACUUUCAUUCUCUUGCGUCUGGACGAGGCGAACACCCCUUGUGGGACUCACGUCUUUUCAACUACGGAUCUUUUGAGGUUCUCAGGUUCUUGUUGAGUAACUUGGCUUUUUACAUCGAUGUCUAUCAAUUUGACGGAUUCAGAUUCGAUGGCGUCACCUCGAUGCUGUACAAUCACCAUGGAGUGGGCGCGGGCGGCGCAUUCAGUGGUAACUACAACGAGUAUCUAUCGAAAGAAAAGUCAGAUGUCGAUCAUGAGGCACUGGCCUUCCUAAUGCUGGCAAACGAUUUGGUGCACGAAAUAUUACCCGAUAAUGGUAUUACAAUUGCUGAGGACGUUUCAGGGUAUCCAACGCUUUGCUUGUCUCGUCACAUUGGUGGUGUCGGGUUCGACUAUAGACUGGCCAUGGCCUUGCCAGAUAUGUGGAUCAAGUUGAUAAAAGAAAAAAGCGAUGAUGAUUGGAAAAUGGGUGACAUAGUUCACAACUUAGUCAAUCGUAGGCAUGGGGAAAAAGUGGUUGCUUACGCGGAGUCUCACGAUCAAGCUUUGGUUGGUGAUAAAACGUUGGCAUUUUGGCUCAUGGAUGCCGCGAUGUACACGGAUAUGACCUUGGCCAAGCCACUUAUUCCCGUUGUGGAUCGUGGCAUAGCUUUGCACAAGCUAAUUCGCCUAAUCACGCAUACACUUGGCGGCGAAGCUUAUCUGAAUUUUGAAGGUAAUGAAUUUGGUCAUCCGGAAUGGCUUGAUUUCCCCAAUGCAAACAAUGACGACAGCUACCACUACGCCCGACGCCAGUUUAACUUAAUCGAAGAUCCCUUAUUGCGGUACCAGCAUCUGAACAACUUUGACAAGGGCAUGCAAAAUUGCGAACGUCAAUUCAAAUGGCUCAAUACUCCGCAAGCGUACGUUUCGCUGAAACACGAAGUAGACAAAGUAAUUGCUUUUGAGCGGAAUGGACUGCUGUUCAUCUUCAACUUUCACCCUGUUGAAAGCUUUGCGGAUUACCGGAUCGGAGUCGAACAGCCGGGGUGUUACAAGAUCAUUUUGAACAGCGACCGUCCAGAAUUUGGUGGGCACAACAGAAUUGACGAGCCCAGCUCAAGAUUUUUCACCACAGACUUGCGUUGGAACGACAGAAGCAACUACAUUCAAGUCUACAUUCCCACAAGAACUGCUAUAGUUCUAGCCUUGGCGUCCUAA